AUGGCAAUGAUGAAGUAUGUCCUGGGUCUCCUGGCCCUGUUCGCAGUCUCAGCCUGGACCGAGGCAGGGAUGUGGAGAUCAGCUGAAGCUGAAGAUGAUCUCACUGUCUCAGAGCAGCUGGGAGAUGCCAAUGAUAAUCUCAGUCCUGACAGAGAUGGGAUCCAUAUUGACGGAGACAUUGCUGUUUCCCGCCUGCCAACUCUGAGAAACGCCGACCCCUGUGUCAGGAGAGGCUGCAUGUGGCCUAAAGCCUCUGACAACAAAGUCUAUGUACCUUAUGUCAUUGCUAACCACUAUUCCCAUCAGGAGCUAGAUCUUAUUAAAAGGGGCCUGAACUCCUUCUCCUACUCUACUUGCAUCCGUUUCUUCCCCAGAACCAACCAGAGGGAUUACUUGUACAUCCAGUCUCUGGACGGAUGUUACUCAUAUGUGGGUCGUCAGGGCAAUGCUCAGACUGUGUCUCUGUCCCGUCGAGGCUGUGUUUACUACGGGACGGUCCAGCACGAGCUGCUCCAUGCUCUGGGUUUCAACCAUGAGCAGUGCCGGUCUGACAGAGACCAGCACAUCCAGGUCAUCCUUCAGAACGUCAUGAAGGGUCAGGAACACAACUUCAGGAAGAUCGACACCCUGAACCAGGGGACUCCUUAUGACUAUGGCUCCGUCAUGCAUUAUGGCAGAACGGCUUUCUCCAAAGACAACUACAGCCCCACCAUGGUGGCCAUUCCCAACCGCAAUGCUGUGUUCGGGACAGCCAAACAGAUGAGCCAGAAUGACAUCAACCGCAUCAACCUGCUCUACUGCAGGAACUAAUCCACUGUCAGCCAUGUUCCACUGAUCUGACCAGUCUCAAACUUAACCAUCAUUCUCUAUCUGUCCUUCUUCUACUUUCUGGUUAAUUU